GUAUAUAAAUUCGCGCUAGAAGAAGCGGAAAAUUAUAAAGGCUUUGAAGAUUUUUGCUCCACCUUUACGUUAACCCGUGGAAAGAAUUUGGAUGAGGAAGAAGACAACUAUGCCGGCCAGUUCAAGGGUACAUUUUGCAUAUAUCCUCUUCCAGCCGAACCCACGGCCCCACUUCCCCUCAAGUACCUAGAGACGUCUCUCCCCCCCUCUGACCCGGAAGAAUGCAUAGUUCGCAUCUACAUCGUACGGGCCAUCGACUUACAACCAAAUGACCCUUCGGGCCUAGUGAGUCACGGUUAUCUGUAA